UGAGAGUCAUCCAAAAAGUACCACAAAAAAUGUCGAAAGUGAGAGUGGGAGUUCUCUAGCAAAAAUCACACAAAAGACUUCAAGGAAACGAAAAAAUGAAAGUGAGAGUGAAAACUCUUCUGCACCUAAACGACGGUCAGAACGUAUUGCCAGUCAAGAUUCGGAUCUUGCAAGCGUCAUCCAUGACCUUAGACUUAGAUCCACUUUCAGUUCUUAUGGCGUGGAAGACUUACCUUCUUCGGCAUAUAAGUUAUAUAAGUUCAAAAUACGAGAUAUGGAAGCACUGAAAGUUAACUUCCUUGGAGCUUCAACCGAGAACGCUGUUAUACCUGAUAUUGAAGCUACCAUUCCAGAAAAGUAUGUUCUACCCGAUAUCGAUUCUGAAUUGCUUGGAAAUCCAAAAUUCAAUGUUGUAAAGAUUGAUGGACUUACGGAUGAGGAAGUUCAAACGUUUGUUGAUAAAUUGCAUGAUGUUGUGUUGAAUGGUGUUCAGGUAGUAGGCACCGACGAAACUUUUACUGAUACACUUGUAGAUGAUCUACUUCGUAUCACUAAGCUGAAUAACUGGCCUUUAAAGAUCAGAAAUCACCCACUAUGCAAACUAUACAUUGAAGACGAGCCUUGCGUAUCAUCAGAUUCUGAAUUUGUAAUAAAGAUGCGAAACCUUGCUAUCCUUGUGUACAAGCACCUAAAAAAUGUCGGGUAUGGCACAAAUUUUGGGGAAUCACAGAUAGCUGUAGAGAUUCUUGCUUGUGGCAGUGAGAAUAUACGUUCUCUUGGUGCGAGUCCUACAGAUCAGACAUUAUGGGCCGUUCGUGUAAUUACUACAUAUGUUACUUUUUAUAAAACUACGAUUCCCGUAAAGUACUGGGGGGAAUUAGCAAAGGGUCUACCACAAGAAGAAGUUAAAGUUCAAAGAUGGCCAGCUGAGAAUGGUUUGAUCACUGGUUUUGAUCUUGCUACACCACGUGGAAGACGAUCAGUGUUGACAGGAUUAGCUAAAAUUCGUGAAUUUUUAAAACAGCAACCACCCUAA